CAACCAAAAGCCAGCGUGUACUGUAAUUUGACUGCUGAGUGUCAUUUGCCUUUGCCAUUAAAAUGAGCCUGGCACCGCACAGCGGACCGUUUGGCGCAUCACAGCAGGACUCCUCAGUCACUGCGUUGGAUGAAUCCUUCGCCAGCUUCAACAUGAGCAGCAGUGGCAGUUCAGGAGAAUACCUCCAGGAAGCAGAUUCAACAAUAAUCUCACAGAAAGAAGAUGGAAAGAAUUACAGCAUGAUGACUCCUGCAGAGAAACUAUCUCUUUGUGAGAGACGAGCUCAGUCUUUUGCUGAUAGUGAAGAGUAUGACCCAUGUAUCCAAGAGCUUAUCCGCUGCUUGGCACUGAGCAGACUGGUUUAUGGAAAUGAGCAUUUUGCAGUGGCCCAAGCCCAGUCAAGACUGGCUAAAGCUUACUUGCAAUACAAAGGAUGGGCACAUCAAGCACAGGAACACGCGUCCCAAGCACAUGAAGUACUCAGUUUGUGUCAGCAGGAGGAGCGAGUGAGCUGCCUUAACUGCUUUCUUUCCAUACAUCAAACUCAUGGAAGUGCUGCUCUGCAUCUUGGAAAUUUAGCAGAAGCUGAAUCAAGCUUUCAGAAGGCAGAGAUCGUCUUAGGAGACAUUGUAGCACAAGACGCCAUUGGGAAGGAGGACAGACUGGGCAUGGAGUAUGAAAUAUUUACAAAUUUAACAAGGGUGUACCAGCGGCAGGGAAGGCCAGAGAAGGCCCUCAACCAGUGUGAAAGAGCCCUGGAGCUGCUUCAUCAUGGAGAACAUCAGCUCAGUCGAAUCUGCUUUGUUUAUAGAAACAUGGCAGCCAUUGAACAGUCUCAGGGGCAUCUGGAUAGAGCCAUUGAACAUCUCCUGAAGGCUCAUUCCAUUGCUGUUAGUCAGAGUGCUGGAGGUCUGGAAGGGGCUCAGAUCACUCACAGUUUGGCUCUGGCAUAUUCCUCCACUUCAGAGCCUCAACACAAUGUAGAUUCAGCAGCACUGUAUUUUGAAGAGAGUAUAAGUGCAUAUAAAAGUGCACUUGGCCCACAGGACAAACUCACACUGUCUGCUCAAGACGACUUCAGUCAUUUCCUCCUACUCACAGGACAACACGAGAGAUGUGCUGAGCUCCAGAGAGAGUCUCUGUCCCUGAAGAAAAGCACGUUUGGUGAGCUCAGCGCAGAGGUGGCAGAAACGCUGCAGCUGAUUGGUGGAGUGGAGAUGACACAGGGUCACAUGAGACACGCCCACCGGACACUCAAGAAGUGUGUUGAUAUUCAGAGUCUGCUGUAUGGUCCUCAACAUAAGAAAACCAAAGCCACUCAAAGAAGCGUGGACAUGCUGUCUCAGUCAUCAGAGGUCAGUGAGAGACAUAAAGCAAGCCGCAGUGAAACAAGGCCUCCGUUCUGUGCAGUGGUUGCAUCUGCAUCUGAGGUGACAUCUAGUAUGUCUAACUCAUAACAACAGUGACCAGCAGGCUGAUCUAAUGAAUGCGGCAUACACUGUCAAGGAUGUUUGACCUCGUCCUGUUUUACCCAGGGAAAUCUGUGGGCUGGAAAAGAAUCAGGCAAUAUUCCUCGAACAGCACACAAGCUCUGCUGUGUCUUUAAUGUGAGUUGCUGAGUCUCAGAGUGGUUGGCAAGGUGACUGUAUCUCCACUUCAGAAAAUGAGAAAUGUCCAGUGGUGAUCUAAUACACCGUCACAGUGGUUUUCUGCAAACACUCAGAAUUGAGCUGAAAUCAAAAUUUGAAGUUGAAGGGUUUAUUUAUUGUUUGUAUAUAAACCAGAGAGCAGACAGUGAGCAAAUCCACAGCAAAACAGCACGCAGGACACCUUUUUUGUGAAUUUUCAUUCUGAAAAACUACAUCUGUUAUCUGCCAGCCCAAACCAGCAUGCUGUAAAUCUGUAAAUGAGGUUUCACACAGAGUCAUAAAACCCUAUGCAUAGAUUAUAAGUGCUGAAACACCACCUCGAGAGUUAAGGGAUGCAGGUAAACAUGACCCUGGUCGAUAAGACAGUCUUAUUUAUUGCAUGAUUU